UUUAGCUUGGCCUGGCAACCUGAGCUGAAAGAAUGUGCAGAAAAAUAACGGAGAAACGCAACAUCGUAGCUGCUCAAAUUGUAUUUGCUGUACAUUUUACGAUUCUUUCAAGCAUUUGAAAUCCACUCGUCGGCGUAUGGAAGUCAGUGCGUCCAAAAUGUAGCAGGACAUAAUGGCACAAAGUCAAAAUGUCAACAAAGGCAGGAAGCAGACAGCCCAACCUGGAGUAGCAGGUCUGAACAACCUAUCAAAUGGGAAUCCUGCAAAUCAAAACGCUCACAUUUCAGUUGUGCAGGAUGCAAGAAGGCCAGAGGAGUUUGACUUUGAGUGUGUGGUAAAUUCAAAAUUCAAAAACUCAAAAGUGUGGUUUUGUGAGAAAUGUCGCUUUUUGACAACAGAUUUUGACGAUUACAGCAGCCAUAUUAUGGAGCAUGCGGUAAUGAGAUUUUACUGCUUCUAUUGUAACCAUGUCUCAUACAGCGAGGCCGAAUUAAACCACCAUGUAGAACAGCACACCAGAGUACACCCUUUCAAGUGUCAGUUCUGUGAUUAUAGAGCUGUGAAGAAAGACUAUGUUGAAAUUCAUAUGAAGCGAAUACACAAUGCGCCUGCUGAGAAAGUAUCCAGUGCAAAAGUCACAAGAAAAAGCAAACCUGUCUCUCUCCCCAGUGCUCUGCCCAGAGAUCCCACAUCGUCAAGGGUCGCACCUUUGCGCACUAAGAAUAUCACGACCAGAGUGGAUGAAGGAAGACCUAUGGAUGGGACAUUGGAUGCAAACAUAUUGCCCAAAGUAGAGGUGGAGCUGUUGGCACCUUUAAAUGAACCAAUUCAACACAACAGGCCUUUGACUGUCUCUUUCCCCGAAGUGGGGACCAUCCCCCCUGGCUGCCUUGUUGAACUUGUUGAGGUGAAAACAGUCAACGGGACCAAGGAACUAAAGCUGAGACUUGUCACACAACAAUCUAAUGGGUCUGUAGCGAAAGCCUGUCGGACCACAACCUCACAAAAUGCCACUUUGUGUAAAUCAUCUACGUCCAACGCCACUCCAACUACAGAAAAGGCAGUGAAAAAGAGAACUUGCACAGCUAACAUAUCAACCCGACAAAUAAAUAACCAGAAGCAGAAGGAUUUAACAACUUCCCCCUCCACAAAUGGUAUACAACUGAGAAAACACUCUGAAGAAUUGCUGGUGAUGGUGAAAGAUGAGCCCAAGGAAAAUGUAAAUCAGCCAUUUGACAUAGAGGAAGCAAAGGAAGAGAGCUGUGAUUCUGCGCAAAAAUCUGAAAGCUUCACUUCAUUUACACCUGUCUCGAGUGUGUCCAUGAUGGGAAACGUCAAAGGCACCACCUCACCCUCUGUCUCUAACGAAGAAGUCGCACCUGUUGCACUGUCAUCUCUCGUAUUGUGCAACUCUAGAAGAAGCAACCCGAUCAUUCCCUCUCCAACAAACCAACCUAAAGAGGAUGAGACAUGUCAUGUUGCUGACUCAAACACCUCUGGUUGGACUCAAUCUCAGAAUCCAUUAGUAGAUGAUGUGCCAGGACCCAAUGGUUUCCCAGUCAUUUCAGCUGUAUUUUCUCUAAGUAGCCCCCAACUCUUGGCGGUGGCUCUUCGGACCAUAGCUUUGGGUAACAAUAUGCCCUCUGCAACCAUAGAGCAAGGAAAUAUCAAUAAUUCUUUGAUCCUCACACCUGCUAAGACAACAGCUGUGGGCAAAGGGCAUGAACACAAGAUAAAGCCAGGAAACACUGACAUGGCCCCCGAGGGUUUGUCCUCUGUUCAUAAACCUCAAAUGACUCCAAAAGCCUGUCACCAGGUGGAGAGUGCUCAACGUUCUAGACACACCCAAUCACUAACAAGUAAUCCCUUGAGCACCAAGGAAGAAAAGAACAGUGUUACAAUAAAGCUUCACAAGAAAACAGUUUUGAAUAUGAACAAAAGUCCUCCAAUUGUGGCCGAAAAAACUGUAAAAACGCGGGACAGUUGGAUUGGCCAAAUUGAUGCUGAAAAAGGGUCAGUCCCCAGACACUGGAAAAGUGCAGCAAACAAGCGGGACAUUUCUGGUAGACUCUCAUCCUGCCUGAAGCUCUCAUUGAAAAGGAUACGAGUAGAAGAGGAAAAUGAAACACAGCAGUUAAGCAGCCGUCAACACUGCACACCUGAGUUGAACCAACGGAAGAAGAAGAGAAGACGACGAGACAUGGUAUCUGGGUCAAAGACUUUCGCUCACUCGUUAGAUACCACAGGUGACAGGGUUAUUAUCUGCCCAACUCCACUGAAAGAAGACCAGCUGGUGAAGCAACCAGGCCCAAACCAACCUGUUGUGGUUCUCAACCAUCCCAAGCCUCAGGUUCUGAGAGGGAGGGUAGGAAUGGAGACGAUUCCAGACGUUGGUCCAACAUGUCACAUAAUGAAGAUGAAGUUGAGCAAAGUAAUGGGACAUAAGUAUGAGGUGAUUGGAUGUACCGUUAAGGCCUCUCCUUAGGGUUAUGGCAAAUUGUGAUGGGAAAUGAUAGAUUUAUUUUCUAGGGACGAUGGGGACAGAACACUAAAACAUUGAGUUAUCAAGAGUCUGAUGCAUUGCACCAUUAAGGGUUGGCUUGCAUUCAUUUCCAGGGUCAGUCCCUAGAUGGGCUUCAGAUUAAAAAUGGAUAGAUAUUUCAUACAAUUUGUUACUUCAUAGAUGAUGAAAGACUGAACCCCAUUUAGAGAAAUAAGUGGGCAUUCAGGCAGGCAUUUUUUUGGGGGGAUAAAUAAUUAGCAUUUUUGCUGCAGUAUCAUCGGUAGCACAGAUCUGUGUAAAUAUGAACUGACGUUGUAAUUUUUUUCUGAUGGAUGAACAACUGCUUAAAUGAAAUGAAUGCCAAUUAUUUUGAAUGCAUUUAGAAUAAAACAGUAUGUAACCCCCUGGUUACUUUUAGUCCGGACUGCAUUGAAUUACUGUGUUCAACACUAGGCAACAGUCCGACGCAAGAGAGAAUAGAACACACGCGAACUCCGAGCUAGCGACGUUGCUAAUUUGUUGUUUUGAGUAUUUAAGUUGAUAACUCACUCUUCAUUAAAUAAAUAGCUAUACAAAAAUAGUUUAUACAAUGAUAGCCACGAGGACAGCAAGGAAUUAUUUUGAAUUUCUUUCAACUGUCAUCGAAAGACCAGGCGAAUCUCUCUGCCGCUGUCUCUGAAAAAAGCAAUUGUAGCUAGAGCUGCCACCUGAUACCAGUGUUUUUACAUCAACAUAUAAAUAGUUGUCCUACUACAGAACUCUGAAAAUGUUGUUACCACAUAGUGAAUAGAAUGUUCAUGCUAAACCUCUUUCCAUUGAUCACUGACUUUUUGUAUUGUAGCUAUUAAUCUUAGAAAAAAGUUUGGUUAUAUUAUCCAACCUCAUCAUUCCUGUUUUAUAUUUUGCCUUUAUUAUGGUUGACAUGACAUGACUUGACAUUAACCUUAAAGUUCCUAGUGGAGCAAAGUAACUCGGUGCUUCUCUGUUGAACACUUUUCUGGACUUUUUUAACCAUAAUUCUUAACCAUAAGUUCCUGUCUUCUUUAUCCUUUCUUCAUAAGUCAUCCAUGUUUUCUUUGGACUUUUCGUCAUGGUUACUGCUGUAUAUUGCUAGAAGUGUUUGAACCGCUCCCUCAAUCAUCUGUUUUUCAAAUUAUCAGAGAAAAUAUUGAGUUGUUUUAAGUUAGACCAUAACCAUAUAUUUAUCAAAAUAUAGCUCUGGUUUAGAUGUGGUGCGGAUCUUUAAAUGUACAUGUAUUUUGGUUUCCUUUGACAUUUUUCUCAUCUUUUAAAUGGGAGUUAUUCGUGUAAUAACAAUUAUAUAGGUGUCGUUCUCAUGUUGUCAGUGUUUUCUGUCCUCUAAUAUAUUAUGUAUUAUCUUAAUGUGCCAUUUUGAAUAAAGAAUUUUUUUCAUAAAUUCA